AAUCAAGACUGUUACUAAUUUCCUGAUUUGCCCAAAGCAAAAAGAAGAACAAAAAAACAAAGCAUCGAAGAGACAAAAAGAUGAACAAUAAAUUUGGCGGGAAGAAGCCGACGGGAACACCGUCACUAGCGUGGUCGACAGUCGUAGUUGUAGCCUCUCUGCUCGCCGGAGCCUCCGUCGUUCACAAUAUAUACAAGCCAGAUCUCACAUUACCUCAGAUCGAAAACGAUGAAGGAGACGAGAAGGAGGAGUCUGCAAACAAAGGUUAAUUCUAUUUUGUGGUUUGGUUAGUUAAAUAUCUGGCAUUGAUUUCUCAAACUACUUUGGGUUUCAGUUAUUAUAUACUUACUACUUAGACCUCUGUGUUAUGUAAUAAGCUCACCUACGGAUCAAUACAUUUUGAUCCAUCCAGUGAUUGGUUGCAAUAGAUGACUAAUUGUAGAAGAUUGGUUAUCAAUUUUUGAUUGCUAAUUGUGGAAUGCCCCCACAGAUUUUAGUGGUAGCCAAUAGAUGGCUACUCGUUAUAGUAAAUUAUUCGUACUAAUUCGUACUAAACUGUACAGUAAAUUGGAUUUGGUGAAACAAGAUUAGAUAAAGC